AUGGAACAGUUGGAAAGACCACAGUUUGGUGGAGCCAAAUUUGACAUGAAGAGGACUGUCGAAGGACAUUGGGUAAAAGUCAACCGGAGAAGUGUAGGAGGAGCAAGACAGAAGACGCCUGUGCUGUCCAAGGCCGAGAAACAGUCACAAGGGCAAUUGCUUGCGACCAGCGUGAGGUGGGGUCAGACUCCUAUCAACCAGUCCACUCCAUGGGAUACUGAGGAGCCUCCAUCUAAGCAGCUGAGAAAAGGGGAAAACCCAGCUACCCCACCUUGGGCAAAGAGCGUCACUGCGGGGACCCAGGCAUCUCUUAUAGCUCACACUUAUGGAAUGACCCAGCCUCCUAUAUAUAGCCAAGCAGCCAACGUCCAAGCUCCCAUCAUAGGUGUCACCCCCACCAUCCCUCCUCACGUCGCCCCACAGUUACCUCUAAUGACUGCUCAUUACCAGCUCCAGCAGCACCAGCAGCCUGCGCAACCUCUGAGCAACAUGGUGGUGAACCUACAGAGCCAAACCAUGUACAGACGCAGUCAGCCAAUAGCUAUGUCCUCCUUGACCGGUGUGGGUCAGGUGCCUCAUCCUGGCCAUACGGCUAUAGGCAAUGGUCACAUGACUUGUCCCAUCCUUCCUCCACCACCACCUGCCCUACCUUCUGCAGCGCUUCCUAACAGUGUGCCAGCUACAAACGGCCAGACCCCUCCGCAGCUGCCUCCCAGCCAACCUUUGACCGCCGAAAACCCAAAUGGUGUUCAGAUGCUACGAACAAUUGGAUCGGGAAAGUAUGAAUUCACCGAUCCUUGGUAUCCUAAAGAAAUGUUGAAGGAACUGAACCAGCAGCGCAGAUCGAAAGAGUUUACAGACCUGAAAAUUAUUGUUGAAGGAAAAGAGUUUGAAGUCCAUCAAAAUAUUCUAGCUUCCUGCAGCUUGUAUUUCAAGGACCUGAUUAAAAGGUCGUCGAAGGAACAAGCUAAAAACGGGGAGAAACUGGAGCUGGCUAUGUCCAAUAUCAAUGCGGAAGUCUUAGAACUGUUACUGGAAUUUGUCUAUACAGGUUCCCUGAUCAUAGAUUCAGCCAAUGCAAAAAUUCUCCUGGAAUCCGCGAGCAAGUUCCAGUUCCACACGUUCUGUAAAGUCUGCGUGUCGUUCUUAGAAAAACAGCUGACUGCCAACAACUGCCUGGGCAUCCUGGCCAUGGCAGAAGCCAUGCAAUGCGUGGAGCUGUAUAAUAUGGCCAAGGCAUAUGCCCUGCAGAACUUCUCAGACGUGGCCAAUCAAGAGGAGAUCCUGAAUAUUUCCAGAGAAGAUUUUGUCUCAUACAUUUCAAAUGACAGUCUGAACACUAAAGCCGAAGAGCUGGUAUAUGAGACCAUGAUCAAGUGGAUCAAAAAGGACCCAGCUAACCGAGCACAG